UUCAGUCCCCAGCCGCCAGCCUUUUCUCCACAUCCCUGGCUCCAACGAGUGCAAACAGCCCAGCUCUGGCCGGCCAGACUAGGGGCGGGUCCGGCCAGAAGAACCCAAGCCCUGAAGACCCGCUUGACCUCUCCGAUGCCCCAGCGUGCCCGCGGGCACUUUCGGAGUGACGUCGCGGUCUUAACUCUGAUGUCACUUUGGGUACAUGACGUCACAUGAACUUCCCCACGCCCAGGGGCCAGGGCUCUGUGGCUGAAACUUAGGAAGUUUCUCUCGGUAUAUCCACUUGUGCAUGCUCCAGAGCAGUGGGUAGGAGCCUGGAGGUGGCGCUCCGCCUAGCGUAUCUGAAGACCACCCCUCCUUCCUUCUCUCCGGGUCCGGGCCCAGGUCGCAGCCCGCAUGGGGCAGGGGAGGGGUGGGAACGCCUCUGGCGGGUCCGGCCCCACCCCCAGCUCCGCCUCCCGCCCUCCGGCCCAGGAAGCGCGGAAGGAGCCGCCGGGGGCCAUGGACGGGGCUGUGAUGGAAGGGCCUCUGUUUUUGCAAAGUCAGCGCUUCGGUACCAAGAGGUGGAGGAAGACCUGGGCCGCGCUUUAUCCGGCCAGUCCCCAUGGCGUGGCGCGGCUCGAGUUCUUCGACCACAAGGGAUCGAGCUCCGGAGGUGGCCGAGGGGGCUCGCGCCGCCUGGACUGCAAGGUGAUCCGUCUGGCUGAGUGUGUGAGCGUGGCUCCUGUGGCCGUGGAGAGCCCCCCAGAACCCGGCGCGGCUGCUUUCCGCCUGGACACUGCACAGGGCUCACACCUGCUGGCGGCCGAUGCUCCGUCCAGCGCAGCCUGGGUGCAGAUGCUGUGCCAAAAUGCCUUUCCGAAAGGCAGCUGGUCUCCGGCUCCUGCUGACAACUCACCUAAGCUUUCUGCCCUGGAGAUGCUGGAGAACUCACUGUACAGCCCCACGUGGGAAGGGUCCCAGUUCUGGGUAACGGUGCAGAGGACCGAGGCCGCCGAGCGUUGUGACUUGCAUGGCUCCUAUGUGCUGAGAGUGGAGGCUGAGAGGCUGACUCUCCUGACAGUGGCCACCCAGAGUCAGCUCCUGGAGCCACUGUUUUCCUGGCCCUACACCCUGCUGCGCCGCUAUGGCCGAGACAAGGUCAUGUUCUCUUUUGAGGCCGGUCGCCGCUGUUCCUCGGGCCCUGGCACCUUCACCUUCCAGACGGCAGAGGGAAAUGACAUCUUUCAGGCAGUUGAGACUGCUAUUCGCCGGCAAAAAGCACAGGCUGGACAGGGGCAUGACGUCCUUAGAGCUGACUCCCACGAAGGGGAGGUGGCAGAGGGGAAGUUGGCUACCCCUUCUGGCCCCCAGGAGGUCCUGGUUAGCCCCCCAGCCCUGUAUGCUGAGCCCUUAGACUCUCUGCGCAUUCCUCCGGGCCCUUCCUUGGACUCACUGUACUCUGACCCCCUGGACAGCACCUCUGCUCCUGCAGGGCGUAAGGUACAGCGGAAGAAACCUCUCUACUGGGACACGUAUGAGCAAGCGCAACAGCAGUUGCUGAAGGCCAAGCUGACAGACCCCAAAGAGGAUCCCAUCUAUGACGAACCUGAGGGCCUGGCCCCAACCCCUACCCGGGGCCUUUAUGAUCUGCCCCAGGAGCCUAAGGAUGCAUGGUGGUGCCAGGCUCGAGUGAAGGAAGAGGGCUACGAGCUCCCCUACAACCCUGCUACUGAUGACUAUGCUGUGCCCCCUCCUCGGAGCACGAAGCCUCCCCCAGCUCCCAAGCCCCAGGGCCCGGCCUUUCCUGCACCUGGUACUCCUGCCGGCAGUGGCAGCAGAGGCCAGAGCUCAGCCACUGCCCUGUACAGCCAAGUCCAAAAGAGUGGGCCUUUAGGGAGCUGGGACUGUGGGCUCUCUAAAGUAGAGACUGACAGGACUGGGGUCAAGUCUGAGGGCUCCACCUGAGAUAUCAGGCAAGGUCGGGGUGCUAGAAGGAGGACCAUGGGGAGUGGCACUGGAUCAAAGAAACCUGUUAGAACCAAUGGGAACCAGAGGGUGGGAGGGGCUGUGUGAGAAGAGGGGACUAGCGGGGAUCAGGGGAGUCCAGGGAAGGAUUCUGGGAAGUCCUAGAAGUGGAACAGACGGCAGGGCUGAGGGAGGGGCUCUAGUGAAUAGUGGGUACCCCAAACUAUCCCUUCUACAUUCUCUUCUUGGGAUCUUGGGCACACACGCACACGUGUCUGUCGUGAGUUUAAGCCACCAGGCCUGGGACUUGAACUGCAGCCGACUACAUGGGAGUCCAGCAACAUAGCCAUUAUGUCAACUGCUGGUCCUUAUCCCUUCUUCAAAGGAACAGGGAACUGUUGGACCCGAUUCAUGGAAAGACAUGUGGUACUUGGUCAGUGAGUGCUGUUUGAGUGCAGUUCUGUAAGAGAUGUUGGACUCUGCCCGGAUCUUACCCCCUGCGCUGUUCUUUGCCAAAAAUAUAUUUAAAAAAAAUUAAUUCUAUUAAAGUGAGCUUGGAUUUAA